AAGUUACAUCAUUGGAAGUAACAUUACAGACUUUAGCUUACCUACACUGCUGAAGGUAACUAUGGUAUCGUGAAUGGAUAUACAAAACAAUAUGGACAUUCUUGGUAUAAGAAAAAGGGAAUUACAACCAUGGAGUAGAAACACCGUUCCAUCAUCUUUCAUCGAAUCGGCAAGAAGAUAUUGCUCGAAAGAUUAUAAUAAUACGCAUAAUUUGAUACCUUGGCGUCAAAACGUAGGCUACGAAAAUGUCGAAAUUCUUCCAUUUGCUUCUAGAGUGACGAGCUCGGUGUCUGAGAACUCUGCUGGGAAUGGUAUAACUCCAUUGAAGUUCCCGAAUCUUUUAACAGGAUAUGAUCGCAAUCCUGCACACGCGACGACAACCGCCCUUCAUACGCGAUACACACCCAACGAAUGGUUUGAGAAACAAGUUAAAUCCUACAAUGAAGCAGAUUCGUGUAGACAUUUUUCGGAAAGAAUACGAAACGAUGCGUUACGCGUUAUUAGAGAGGCGGAGGAAAAGGUGCAACACGGACAAUACGAUACUGGUAGAAGGCUCGGAGAAAGAAUAAACGAUGUGAAUUUCUGGCGAAACGAAGUAGCAUCCGAGUUGGAAAGAUUACUUCAGGAAAUCGAAAGAGUUCAAGAUUGCCGUUCCGUUCUAGAAAAAGCCAUUAAAGACAUUGAAGCUCCGAUACACAUCGCAGAGGAAUGCCUUUACCACAGAGAAGCUAGAAAAGGUAUAGAACUCGUCCAUGACGAUCUGGAAAAAUGUUUGCUGAAAGAAAUGGAGACUUUGCAUCGGAAUAAAAAGAAACUGGAAGCUUGUCUGGACACAUGUAAAGAACAGCUUAGAGAUUGUAGAGCUUCCCAGAAUCAGUUGGAACUGGACCUGAAAAACAAAGAAAAUGCAUUGGGAAUAGAUUCGAUGUGCCAUAGAUUGAAUAAUUAUAGUCACGGAUUACAAUAUUAUUCCAGAAUCGAUGAAAACGAAUACGAUCUAUGUGAUUUUAGUGUUUCAGAGCAGGAAACUUGGAUGGACGCAGCGAACCGAAUAGUCGAGAAAUCUCGAACGAAAAGAAAUAAAUGUAGUCAGUUGAGAUCGAAUGCAGAAGUUCUCACAACUAAAGUGGCACAGGAAAUGUGGGAUGCCUGGAACAACACGAACAACGCAUUGGCGUACAGAUCUUCCGAAUUGCUCGAAGCUAAAACUAAACUUGAACAACAUUUACAAAAAGUGCAGCAGGAGAUAUUCGAGAUUGAGAAGAAUUUAGAACUGAUGAAUAAAGCUAUCGCGGACAAAAGUUAUGUGAUUAAAGUAGCGCAUACUCGAUUAGAGGCUAGAAUGCAUCGGCCAGAGAUCGAGCUUUGCCGGGACUAUGCUCAUAUGAGUCUUCGGAAAGAAAUCGACGACAUCCACCAUCAAGUGGAGAGAAUGCAGAAGGCGCUGAAAGAGUUGGAGAAUCAACAGCAAAAAUUAUUAAGAACACGCUUGACACUGGAACAUGAUCUUGCUUUGAAAAUCGAUGCAAUUUACAUCGAUCGGGAAAAAGUAUCUGGUCUUCGACGAGCUUACCCGAUCAACGUUCUCUUCAAAUUCUAACAAUACAAGAUGAUUUUCAGUUAUCUCACAUCAUUGAAAUGCACUCCUAAAGAGAUUUAGGUCCAGUGACAUUUCACAUUCGUGAAAAAAAAAACAUCGGGCAGUUUGUUCAACAAUAACAUUCUAUUAUAGCUCCAAGUUUACCACACUUUUUGUCAUUACAAUUACUUUUCGUUACUUUUGCUUUUGAAAUAACUUGGUAGAGGUAUUUUUAUUCCUGAUUUUGCCUCGAAGAAAGUAUAGGAUAGCGUAAUUUCCUUGACAUUCACCAUUUUCGGGUCUUCUGCGAAUUGUGGGUCAAUAUAGAAGAACACAGGCAUGUCUACCUGUAACAUGUUAGAAUGAUCAUUGGUGUUUGCGAUAGAAUUGAGAAUAAAUUGAUUUGGUAAAGAUGAUUGAGUUUACU